AUGUCUCCGCCAAUCCUGUCCCACGCGGCCUCGGGCCAAGCCUCCCCGCUCUCCACGAACGGCUCUCUUUCACCGCCACAUCUUGCCGACGAGCAAGCGUCUGUCUCCUACAACUCGGAAUCUCCGCGUGAUCUGAGCCCGCUGCUUCUUUCGGUAAAUGUUGCGGAAAAGAUGUGUGCUCUAACCUGAACUGAUUGCAGGAGUUGGCGUGUCUGAACAUGCGCGAGGUGGUCGCGAGACCUGGCCUCGGAACUGUCGGACGUCAGAUUCCGGUCAAGUCGAACUUCUUCUCGGUCGACCUGAAGAAUCCGAAGAUGGUGGUCAUCCAAUACCACGUCGAGGUUCAUCACCCCGGCUGCCGCAAACUGGACAAGGACGAGAUGCGCAUAAUCUUCUGGAAGGUAGUCUCCGAUCAUCCGGACAUCUUCAGCAACAAAUUUGCUCUGGCCUACGACGGAGCUCACCAACUCUACACCGUUGCUCGGCUCGAAUUCCCCGAAGACAAGGGAUCCGUGCGUUUGGACUGCGAAGCCACACUUCCAAAGGACAACAGAGACCGUACCCGAUGUGCCAUCUCCAUCCAAAACGUCGGACCAGUGCUGCUGGAGAUGCAGCGUACUCGCACCAACAACCUGGACGACCGUGUGCUCACUCCCAUCCAGAUACUCGACAUCAUCUGCCGUCAAUCGUUGACUUGUCCAUUGCUGAAGAACGCGGCGAACUUCUACACGUGGAAGUCCUCCUGCUACCGUAUCCCCACUGCCGCCGGACAGGCUCUCGAUCUGGAGGGCGGAAAGGAGAUGUGGACGGGAUUCUUCUCGUCGGCCCACAUUGCCAGCAACUUCAAGCCGCUCCUCAACAUUGACGUCGCCCACACCGCCUUCUACAAGGCUCGCAUCUCGGUGCUCCAGUUCAUGUGUGACGUGCUCAACGAGCGCACUGCCAAGCCGAAUCGCUUCCAGCAGCAGCGUGGCGGACCAGGCGGACCGGGCGGAUACCGUGGCGGAGGUCGUGGCGGUCGUGGCGGCGGAUACAACAACUUUGGAGGGCGUGGAGGAGCGCCGGGAGGGAUGAGUGGGCCACCAGGUCGUGAUGAUUUUGGCAGUUGCGGACCGUCGUUCACCAUCGAGACGAUGGGUCGUGAGACUCAAUUGUCGAGCUUCGAGUCUCGCAUCUUUGGAGACGCCAUUCGUGGAAUGAAGAUCCGUGCCACCCACCGCCCGAACGCUGUCCGCGUCUACAAGGUCAACAGUCUGCAGCUGCCGGCCGACAAGCUCAUGUUAGCAUCGCUAGUUUUCACAACACUUUACAAAUUAUGCUUUACAGGUUCCAAGGAAUCGACGAAGAAGGUCGCCAGGUCGUCUGCUCGGUGGCCGACUACUUCUCGGACAAGUACGGACCGCUCAAGUACCCGAAGCUCCCGUGUCUCCAUGUCGGACCGCCCACGCGCAACAUCUUUCUGCCAAUGGAGCACUGUCUGAUCGACUCGCCACAAAAGUAUAAUAAGAAAAUGACGGAGAAGCAGACGAGUGCUAUCAUCAAGGCGAGUGAAAAGAAAUAAAUUUGAGCUCUAUCACGCUCUUGUUUUGCAGGCCGCUGCCGUGGAUGCGACUCAACGCGAGGAGCGCAUCAAGCAGCUCGCCGCGCAGGCUUCGUUCGGCACCGAUCCGUUCCUCAAAGAGUUUGGAGUUUCCGUCUCGUCUCAAAUGAUCGAAACGACCGCCCGUGUCAUCCAGCCGCCGCCGAUCAUGUUCGGAAGCAACAACCGUUCUGUCAAUCCGGUCGUGUUCCCGAAGGACGGAUCGUGGUCGAUGGAUCACCAGACCCUCUAUAUGCCAGCCACGUGUCGCAGCUACUCGAUGAUUGCGCUGUGCGAUCCGAGAGACCAGGCGAACCUUCAAGGAUUCUGUCAGGCGCUGACGAUGAAGGCCACCGCGAUGGGCAUGAACUUUCCCCGCUGGCCAGAUCUCGUCAAGUACGGAAGAAGCAAGGAAGACGUGUGCAACUUGUUCACGGAAAUCGCCGACGAGUACAGGGUGACGAGCACCGUCUGCGACUGCAUCAUCGUCGUGCUGCAGGGAAAGAACUCGGAUCUUUACAGUGAGCAUUUCAUUCCUCUGCUCCAGCUCCAACUAUUUUUCAUUUUUUUUCAGUGACCGUCAAGGAGCAAUCGGACAUUGUGCACGGCAUCAUGUCGCAGUGCGUUCUCAUGAAGAACGUGAGCCGUCCGACUCCGGCCACCUGCGCCAACAUUGUGCUCAAGCUCAACAUGAAGAUGGGCGGCAUCAACAGCCGCAUCGUCGCCGAUCAGAUCACCAACAAGUACCUUGUCGAUCAGCCGACGAUGGUCGUCGGAAUCGACGUGACUCAUCCGACGCAAGCCGAAAUGCGCAUGAACAUGCCAUCGGUCGCCGCCAUCGUCGCAAACGUGGAUCUGCUGCCGCAGUCGUACGGAGCCAAUGUGAAGGUUCAGAAGAAGUGCCGCGAGUCGGUCGUUUAUCUGCUCGACGCUAUUCGCGAGAGAAUCAUCACUUUCUACAGGUUGGUGUGCAUUUUUUUUACAUCUUUUUGACGUAAAAAAAUCAUUUUUUCACAGCCUGAAUAACCCCAUGACAUUUUGAACCCAAAUCAAUAGUUUCUUUCAGGCACACGAAGCAGAAGCCGGCGCGCAUCAUCGUCUACCGUGAUGGAGUCUCCGAGGGCCAGUUCUCCGAAGUGCUGCGCGAAGAGAUCCAGUCGAUCCGUACCGCGUGUCUGGCGAUCGCUGAAGACUUCCGUCCGCCCAUCACCUAUAUUGUCGUCCAGAAGCGUCAUCACGCGCGCAUCUUCUGCAAGUUCCCGGUAGACAUGGUGGGAAAGGCGAAGAACGUGCCGCCCGGAACGACGGUCGACACGGGCAUCGUCUCUCCCGAAGGGUUCGACUUCUACCUGUGUUCGCACUACGGAGUCCAGGGAACGUCGCGUCCCGCUCGCUACCACGUGCUGCUCGACGAGUGCAAGUUCACGGCCGACGAGAUUCAGAGCAUCACGUACGGCAUGUGCCACACUUACGGCCGCUGCACCCGUUCGGUGUCCAUCCCGACGCCCGUCUACUAUGCGGAUUUGGUGGCCACUCGUGCCCGCUGUCAUGUCAAGAGAAAGCUGUAAGUGAGAAGGGACGCGGUCCCCGGUAAGAACCGUUUGUGCUUUCAGCGGCCUCGUCGACUCUCUGGAUGACACCAACUCGCUUUCCUCGUCGCUCUCCUCGAUGCUCAACGUGAGAACCGGCAGCGGAAAAUCGAAGAAGUCUGGCGGGUCCAGUGUCGACGACGAAGCGUUCCUGGCCCCCGACGGAUCUUCGGAUCAGAUGCUCCAGGACUGCGUCUCGGUGGCUGCAGAUUUUAAGAGCCGCAUGUACUUCAUCUAA